CAACUAAUGAAUUUGCUGAAUAUAAGUUUAAAACAUUUUAUACAGGAGAAUCAUCGCUUAUUGAAGAAUUGACUGAAAAAACUAUCACUAUGAUAAUUGGUUGUUUUGCAUUCGAAGAUGAGUUAAAUGUAAUAAAACCCAACUUUAUGAAUGGAAAAACUACUGAUUUGUCAGUUAUAUGCAAGUAUAAUCCGAAUCCAAAAGGUCGCCAUUCAAAUGUAGCUGAAGCUACACAUCGUUGA